GGGAAAAACACAUUGCCUCCCUUCUGCUUUUCCCCUCUGUCUUAUUUUCUCUCUCUCCCUCUCUUCACCUCCCCCAACACAGCCUGAAGCGUCUUUGCUGUGAAUCUGGUCAACUGCGUCAACGUCAGAGGAGAAUAAUAGCUGGCUGUUUGUCUAUUCCUACUCUCGUUUUUGUUGUCAGUUUUUCUAUUUUUCCGAGUUUGUUUAUUGGUGUCUGUCGCUCUCUUCUGGUCCCUCUUUCACCUCCAGCCACAUAUUGCAACAUGGACUGUCAAAGACAGAUGACCCAAGCUUGACAUGUGUGUGUGUUUAUGUGUGUGUGUGUGUGCCAGUAGUGGGAAGUUCUGGCUCUAACCUGAUACUAUUAAUAUCACCUAAUGAACAUAAUCUGGAGGGUAGGUUAUCCUCUUACAUUUGUUGGCUGGACGACUGAGGGGAGGAGUGGAGAGCGAGUGAAAUAGGAGGGAAAAGCUGUGCUGUAGUUUCACACUGAGUGCACUCUCCCUACCAAGCUGCAGUGCCUUCUCCCUCCCUCUAGUGCUCCAAUGGAAGAAUGGAAGAAACAGAAAGCUAAACAAAUGCUUAAAGUUUAAUUUCACAUCUAAGCUGAUUCCCCUCUAUAUUUCCCAACCUCUUUCUCUCCAGAGGGCAGUGCUGUUAAGUGCUUAUUUUUGCUUGAGUGUAUAUAUAUAUAUAUACACUGAGUAUACCUGUUGGCAGUACUAUAGGUUUAAAACACAACUUGCGGAGUACACACAGUGGAAGCCUCCCUUAUAUUUUUCUCCAGUUAUGAACUCUCUACCGGCUUACUCAGGAGCUAGAAUAUCCGGCUGUUGGACUCUAAGAUCUGAUGGCAGUGGAGGUGGUGAGGGAUCACUGGACCGGCUUCUUCCCUCGGUAAGCACAGGCCUUUCACCCAGGAAAAGGACCACCAGCCAGUGUAAGUCUGAGCCUCCUCUCCUACGUACCUCCAAACGAACCAUCUACACCGCUGGCCGCCCGCCCUGGUACAACGAACAUGGAACACAGUCCAAAGAGGCCUUCGUCAUUGGUCUGUGUGGCGGCAGCGCUUCAGGAAAGACAACCGUAGCCAGGAAAAUCAUUGAGGCUCUAGAUGUUCCAUGGGUUGUACUACUCUCAAUGGACUCUUUUUACAAGGUUCUGUCCCCAGAACAGCAGACUAUGGCUGCCAGUAACGACUAUAACUUUGACCACCCUGAUGCCUUUGACUUUGAUUUGCUGACACACACCCUGCGCAAACUCAAACAGGGCAAGAGCGUGAAAAUCCCUGUGUAUGACUUUACAACUCAUGGGAGACAGAAGGAGUGGAAAACUGUAUAUGGAGCCAGUGUUAUCAUCUUCGAGGGAAUUAUGGCCUUCGCAGAUAAAAAGCUCUUGCAGUUGCUUGACAUGAAGAUUUUUGUGGACACAGACUCUGACAUCCGGCUGGUGCGUCGGUUGAGGAGGGAUAUUACAGAGAGGGGAAGAGACAUUGAGGGUGUCAUUAAACAGUACAACAAGUUUGUCAAGCCAGCGUUUGAGCAGUACAUUGAACCCACCAUGCGAUUGGCUGAUAUUGUGGUUCCACGUGGUGGUGGCAACAUGGUGGCCAUUGAUUUGAUCGUACAGCAUGUUCACAGUCAGCUGGAGGAGAGGAAACUUCGCUGGGAUAUGGCAGCCCUGGCUUCUGCACACCAGGCACAACCCCUCCCCCAGACCCUCAGCGUGCUGGAGAGCACACCCCAGGUCAGGGGUAUGCACACCAUCAUCAGAAACAAGGAAACCAGCCGUGAUGAGUUCAUCUUCUACUCCAAGAGGUUGAUGCGUCUGUUGAUCGAGCGAGCGCUCUCCUUCCUCCCCUCACAGGUCCACAUAGUCCAGACUCCCCAGGGAGAGGAUUAUGAAGGCAGGGCUUUCCACGGGAAGAGGAUCACAGGCGUUUCCAUCCUGCGAGCCGGGGAGACCAUGGAGCCGGCUCUGAGGGCCGUCUGCAAAGAUGUCCGUAUCGGCAAAAUCCUCAUCCAGACCAACCAGGACACAGGAGAACCAGAGCUUCAUUACCUGCGUCUACCAAAAGACAUGAGUGAAGAUCAUGUGAUUCUGAUGGACUGUACCGUGUCCACUGGAGCUGCUGCCAUGAUGGCUGUUCGAGUCCUGCUGGACCAUGAUGUUCAGGAGGACAAGAUCCUGCUGGUGUCUUUGCUAAUGGCAGAAAUGGGAGUCCACUCAGUGGCCUACGCAUUCCCACAGGUCAAAAUCAUCACCACAGCUGUUGACAAGAAGGUCAAUGAUCUCUUCCACAUCAUACCUGGCAUAGGAAACUUCGGAGAUCGAUACUUUGGAACAGAUGCACCCCCUGACUGGAGCGACGAAGAGAUGGAUGAGCCCAGUUACUGAUUAAAUUAUUGGCAGUGCGCUAACUUAUUAGGUGAUUCAGGGCUGUGCCCCUCAGAGGACAAUACCAGGACAUACUUUGCCUUUGUUGGGCUGUAACAUGCGUCCUUCAAGGGCCAAACAGGCCCUGAAAAAUAAACUGAAAACAGGACAAAACAUUGCUAAUGUACAGUCACCUUGCUGAAAAUUUUAAUUAUAUUAUUUUAUCUUAUGUAAAUGCUGUUGUGGAAAGUUGUGUUAUGAAGUCUAAAAUAUUUUUGUAUGUACAGUAUGUUAUUAAGUACAAAUGUUUUAUUUUCGUGUUUAAAUUGUGACAAUCUCCAUAUUGAAAUUUGCAGGCACGUUGUUUUGAAAAGCUAUAUCUAGCCUUAAGCCGUGAACUGUGGAUGACACAACUGAAUGUGAAUUUGCAUGUGCGGCAUAAGAAAAAAAUAUCAAGCUUUUUAAGGUUAUUUUUUUACCACAUACCUUCCUCACAACUUUCACAAAAGUUAAAUCAUAACAUGAACUUGUGUUGCUCAACUUCCAUCGCCAUGAGCACUUUCUGAAGGACCAUUCAAUCGGAAAAUGUGUAGGUGUAUCUGUCUUUUUUUUUUUUAGCUCUUUGGUUCACCCUUUUCGUUCUCUGUGGAUGCUGACCUAACCAGUUGAAACAGGUGUUGAAAACCAUUUUUCAUUAUUAUACAGCUAAAAGUAUGCACUUGUGGUGUAUAUUUAUGCAGCAUGUCCUUCAUUUACAUAUUUUUACUAUGGAUAGAUCUGACCAGUCAGCAGGCAAGUCAUACAUCUUUUUGCUGCUAUGAAAAUGGGCCAUCUGCAUUUAACAAACACAGAUUAAGUGUUUAUUUCAGUCUCACACGUCCUGAUUUAUGCCUCUGUUUUUUAUGCAGUAGAUGGAAUUGUUUGUUUGAAAAAGAGGCUGUUGAGUUGAGGAUAUAUAUGAACUCAGAACAUCUACAAAAAGCAUGGUGUUCACAAAGUCCUGUCAGUGCCUGAUCUUUUUACUUAGUAUCAGUAUUAAAAUGAGUGAGAUUUGUCUGCUAAAGUUGGUGCCUAUUUGAUAUUGUUCUUUUUAGAAAAAUGUGACACGUCGCACUCCACAAUAUUUAUCCAUAUGAUUAUUUGAACUGAUGCAAUGAGACAUCACAAGGAAAGAAGUGUUGCAUAAUGAAGUUCAUUUUGAUAUCAUUAUGUAGUGAAUUACUUCUUGAGUUCAUUAUUUUAUUACAUUAUUUUGACAUAUUUCUUGGAAUUUUGGAAACAAAUGGAAAUGUACAACAUUAAGUGAAAAAAACAUGAAAUGAAAUGUGUUGAAAAUGUAACGCAACCUGUAGCCACAUCAGCUACAAGUACUGUUACUACUGUUGGCUCACCAUCACUUUUCCAUUUAGUCAGCUGCUUCUUUACAGUAUGUGCUUACAGCUGAAUACAACUGUUAGUGAGUCAUUCUGCACUGUAAAUCCAUUGAUUGUGUUUACCACUUCUGCUGCAUGUAUUAUUUAUAUAAAUUUAAUAAAAGUGCAAUAGAGCUUUUAAA